GUUAAAUACAGCAGAUAUUGCAGUGUAAGUUGUCACUGCAGACGCCGAGGCCCCGAUCCUUUUUCAAAUGGGGUUUGAAGAUUUCAAUUCUAUUUAUACCUUCCAAAUCCAAAAUCCAUUGCGUUUAGGAGAAAAUGACGGCCGGCAGCCGAAGCCUGAAAUCAAACUGCUGGGAGACGACUCAACUGCGACCAAAGACGGGGAAUUGGGCGAAAGUGUUGGAGGAAAUCGUGAGGAUAGAGAAAAGGGCGUUUCCCAAGCACGAGUCGCUCGCUAAUUCGUUCCAAGAAGAAGUUAAGAAGAGUAACAGCGGCUUGAUUUACUCACAGAUCGGGGACGAAAUUGCCGGUUACGUCAUGUAUUCUUGGCCCUCAUCACUCUCGGCUUCUAUCACAAAGCUCGCAGUGAAAGAGAACUUCCGGCGGCAGGGUCUUGGUGAAGCAUUGCUUCAGGCAGCUAUAGAGAAAUGUAAGUCACGAAAUAUCCACAGAAUAUCACUUCAUGUCGAUCCCUCGAGGACUGCAGCCGUGAGUCUCUACAAGAAACUUGGCUUCCAGGUGGAUUGUUUAGUAGAAUGCUACUAUUCUUCUGAUAGAAAUGCCUAUAGAAUGUACCUGGAUUUCAAUGCUGAUUAGCAAUCAUUCUUCGAAUGAAAUUGCAUGCUGAUGGACGUAACAGAAUACAUUUAGACUCUGAAUUGGAGAAUCCAAUGAACUUUAUUACAAUUUGUUUGGGGUUCAGAACCGGGAGAAUUACAAAGAGAUCUGUGUUGAAGAUGACUGUUCGCAAAAAUGUUGAAUUUAUUCCUCUGAUAAAGUAUAGAUGUCAACCAUCAUUCCAGUGAAUCUGGAAAGGAUGAAGAUUUUCAUCUUUAUUUUUAUUUUUUUUUUCUUUUUAAGUUACCUU